AGUUUCCAGUGCUAGAGAUCUGUUGUGACAUGAAUGUUUCAAGAAUACUUUCUAGGAAACAGUGUAGCCCAAUCUAUCUGGCCAUCUUCGUAGUAUGCGGUCUCUUCAUUACCAUGUGUAUACUUACCGAUAUGUGGAUUUUAAUCAUCUUAACUUGUCUUUUUGCACCCGCAGUUUGCCAAAAGAUGCCAAAGGUGACGCAGAGGGUGCAGCGUGAAGAAACGGGAACAGAAGCAGACACAGAGGGUAGAAUCACACAGUUAGCAAACGAUAGGCCUGUAUACACUGCCACAUAUUUCAGUGCUCCUAACCCACCCUUAGAAGAACUCAGUGUCUCAAGACUGGAAGGUCAGCGUGCAACGAACCUGAGCGACCAUCACCCCCUUCCAACAGCCGACCUUCCUCCGCCUUACUUCGCACUGGAGAAUGAGGCGACGGACCCAUCUCAGGGCUCUCCGGCCUCGCUCUACGUUAUUCGUCCACCAAUGCUUGAGCCUCCCUCUUACCAAGAGGCAGUUCAGAUGUCGUAGAAUUCAUGCAUGCUGGACAAUUAAAUUGUUGUCCAGUGUUUAUUUCGAUUAAAAAAUGUACAAGAGUUUUCGUCU